GAGAAUUUGGACGAUUUUACAAGUGUUAAUAGGGGUCAAAUGUUUUGCUCCGAGUCAUCUCUAUAUGCUGCUGGACUUAAUAUUGGAAAUGCUGAAGAAUCGAAUCCCCGAAACACUGCUUAAGCAGCAUUGGAUGAAUAGGACACUGGUCUCAGUGUUGUUUCUCGAUGAACCAGAGCUUAAAAGCGUCCGUGAAUUCAUCGAGGAAGAGCUUGAGAUUUCUUGUGGAUUAGGUGAUGUCUACUCUAGUUUCACGAUGGACAAUGCUAUAGAUGAUCUUACUAUUAGUCAUGAGAGGAUAAUUUUUAGCAAUGACUUGUCUCAUCUAAUUCUGCUGCUUGAUGAAACAAGUGCAAAAGCUUCUAGAAGUGUUGAUGAAAGCAGGAAUGCUUGUCAGGAAUAUAGAGAUGAUAUUGUUCAGUGGUUAUAUAUGGGUAGUGAGCCUAUUGGGGAGAAAUUGGAGGAGUGGGCAAAUUAUAGAAAAGCUAGCAAAAAUCUAGGAAUGGAUCUUUUCAAGAUCAUUGAGUCUGAAUUUCGCCGGCUACAGAAAAUUUGUGAGAGGAAAUACAAGUAUUUGAGAGAGGAGAAGCUGUGGCUGGAUAUGGAGGGAAUAUGUUUGGAAGAAGAUAAGAGAAGAGAAGAGAUUUCCGGCAAUCCACAGAGUUACAAGUCACUCUUGCUAAAGCGGCAAAAAGAGAUUCAGAUGGAGGAAUGUAAUGAUGAGACGGGUAGCAUGGAGUUGGAUAUCAUAGGGAGUAUUUUGAAAAAAGCACAAGCUGACAAUGACAUAAAUAUGUUAAUCCAGAUGCACAUUGAUCAAUUGUUUGGAAAGUGUUUCAAAUCCGAUGCUUUAAUCCUGGGUGCUAAUGCUUCCAUUCAGCUGACAUGGAAGAAACUUAAGAUGGUAACUUCUUAUGACUAUCGAUCGAUUGUGGUGCCAUUGUUAAAGACAUUCAUGCGGGCACAAUUAGAAGAAAUGGUUGACGAAGAUGCUACAAAGAAGUCUAAUGCUGCACUAGAAGAUUUGUUAUCUGGGCUUAAUCUUGAUGCCAAGAAGAACACUGAAAAAGGAGGUGAUGAUGCAAGGCAUGGACAGGGGAAAUCAAAGAAUAAAAAGAAGAAAAAGGAUCACAGAAAGGUUAAGGAAUUUAAGGCAACCGGUGGUAGUGAGGAUCAACAGGAAAAUGUGGAGCAAAAUUUGGUUCCAGCUGCACAUGGCACAGAUCAUCCUCUUAAUUCUGAGGUUGUUGGUUCAGUAACCACUGAUGAAUUAGAGCAAGAGGAAAGGGAAAUUACAUGUACGGCUGAGGAAGAGAGUAGGAUUGAGGAGCAUCAAAGAAUGCUUGCAAGGCAUUUGGAGUACCAAAGGCAGAUUGAGAAUGAGGCCAAACAAAAGCGCCUUGCUGAGAUUGAUGAGGCUUAACCAGUACAGGGAAUGUGACAGAGGAUGUGCCUUUCAAUGGCAUCAACUUUAAUAUGUUUUUGACUUGAUAGAUUUUAUUUCUCAUCAGAUAGGAUGAGAAAUCAUGUGAACUUUAAUUUUCGUUUUUUGAGAAGACUUCAGUGAACUUGAACAUGAUAUAUUUUACUGCCUGUGAUGCUGACUGUCGCUUCAUUAAGCGCAUUAUUGAUGACAAACUGAAAUGAACUUGUUAGCUAGCAACUGAGGUAGAUGUUCUAAUGCAAUGAUUUACUGCUUUCGUUUAUGAAGCUGUUUUCAAGAUAUCUUCAAACUGAGAGUGUAGUCUGUUGUGCUUCUCAUUGGCAA